GAGCAUUGGAAGCUUGUCUUUUCUAGCUUGAACCCCUCUGAGGGCUCAAGCUAAGGUUGACUACUCCUCCAUAACCGGCGCUGCACACAGAAGCAGAUCGGCCUGUGUGGUCGUUCAGGGUGACCGUCUGCCUUUGGUUCCGUCUUCUCAAUGAAGAAGGAGAACUUCCCUGAGGAGUUCAGCUUGACAUCUCCUCAGAUCAGCAAGGGCCUGGUGCUACUUCAGAGCAUGGCCAACCGAGACUACCAUGGUCCAGAGAGGAAGCUGCAAGACUAUCACAGACCCAGCAAGUCGGCCCAGGCCGUCAGUCGCUACUACCGCAAAGUGAGCCAGAUCAAGAAGCUCACUAGCCCUAAUGGCUUUGUGUCUGAAAUGGAAGAAAUGAGAAAGGCCUUCCUCAUGCGGCCUGGAUGCCCCCAGUUCAGUACCAGAGCCACGUCUGUAUCUCAUGUGGGUUCUGCCACCACGGUAGAUCUGCCCAGGGACACAUGCACCAGCUCCGGAACCUGGAAGAUGUCCGAGGACCCGCCCCUGGACAGGCAGGGCUCUGCCACCAGUAUGGACGGGCGCAUCUUUUCAUUCAGCAAGAGUGCUUGCGAGCUCAACUACUCACGCAAGAGGAGUGAGCCCCCAGCCACGAGCCCCACCAGCAGCCCAACCAUGGUCAAGAGGUCCCAAAGAACCAGAAUGCCCUGGUACAUCUCAGUCAUCCAUGAGAAGGAUCAUUCCCUGCUCCGGCUGGGAGAAGAACUCCAGCGCCUCUCGGUGCUGGAGACCCAGAUGCAGAAGAAAGAUCAGGAGAUCUUGCUGCUCCAGAAGGAGAAGGAGGCCCUGAAGAAACAACUGAAGACCCUCCUCAGAAGCAAAGGCACAGAAACAUCUUCCUCUUCCGUCAAGAUGGAUCGGUCAUUUGAGGCUUCGCUGAAGCUGGGAAGGCUGAGCAUGCUGAAGACACUACACAAAGAAGAGGAGGAGCUCCAGCCCUGGAUGCAGGAUGACUUUAACCUGACAGAGAGUAGCAAGGAGCUGCAGAUGGAGCCAGGAAGUGUCAUGGAGGAAAAAGGCCCCAAGGGGCCCCCGGAGGAGGCUGGAACUACUGCCAGACCUGGGAGCAGCAUGGGCAAUAUGGGGACUUUGCGUGAAGAGGGCCCUGAGGAGGAGGAGGAGGAGGAAGCAAACAGACUAGAAGAGGAGGAGGAGGCGGUGGUAGAGGAGGAAGAACUGUGGGAGCUGAGGGAGGAGGAGGAGGAGCAGUGUCCCAAGAGGUCGUACUCCCUGACUGAAUCCUUUGAGGAGGAGCUGAUGGCCCAGCUGGAGGAGUAUGAGCGCAUGUUACUGGACUUCCAGAGUGAGCUGGAACUCACUAGGGCCAGAUAUUCCCUGGCCACAGGAGCCAUCACAUCUUUACAACGGCAAACCGACUUUCAGGAGUCUCAGCUGCGAAAGGUCACCACGGAAAACGAGCUUCUGGAGAAGGAACUCCGCGAACGGAAGCGGCAGAUACAGGCCAUGACCAACAAGUUCUCCAGCCUCCGGGAGGAAAAGAAGCAGCAGGGGAUAAUGGGACUCAUUGAGAAGGAAAACCUUAUCCUCCGACAGCAAGUAUCUGACUUGGAGAGAGAGCUCCUCAAGCGUGAUCAGGACAUCGUGGAGCUGCACAGCAAAGCCAGCGAGCUGCAGGCUCAGGUCGACCUGUACGAGGACCACCUGAGGCGGUGGAAAGAGCUUCACAAUGAUCUCCAGAGCCGGAAUGAGACAAUCCAGCAAGCAGAGCAACAGACUCGCGUGGUCCUGGAGUCCUUUCAGGCCAGGCUGGAGAGACUAAGGAAUAAGAUCAUCCAGGCCGUCUACAGCGUCAGUGGGACCAAGAACUUGUCCACUGAACUCUCUGACAACUACAUCCUGGAGUCCCUGCAGAGAAUCAUCACGGAGAGAAGCGAGUUCUACAGCCAGCUGAAACAAAAAGGUGUCAAGGUGCCCCCGCUGCAGCAGUCAGACAUCUCCCUGCCCACCAAGCUCAAGAAGCUGUCUUCCAAGUAGAUCUGGCAGAGACCCCAGGACUUGGCCUGCCCAGCAGAGGUCAGGGCAGAGGUCAGGACCUGUGCGGCUUGCUUUGUGUUAAAGAAUUAAACCUUAGAGUUGGCCACUGUCUCAUCUUCUCUGCUACCUACAGGACCUCAUCUUUUGCACCCGAACCACACAGGCCAGGUCCCACGCCACAGCUCCCUGUCCUGGGCUACAGCCCCAUUUGUGGGGGAGAGCCACACCUCCAGGACCCCUCUUCCAGCCUUCACUUUGCAGAAGACCAAAGACCUCUCCCCCCAUUCUGAUCCAACACUUCUGCCUGGGGCAUGCUCUUGCUACUGGGGCCCCACUGGAAGGUGGGGAAAGCGUGGGAUGGGGUAGGUGGUGUAGGGGCUGAGGACAGCUCUUCCCAAUCCACGGCUUCCUGGCGUCUGUGGUCAGGAUGUUUUCACAUACGACUGUGCCCCGUACCCUGAUGAAUAUAAAGCGGCUCUUUACACACAUAGUAUGCCAUACACGCUUCUGAUGGCACGUGCACGGGGUGCCAUCAGUGCAGGAGCACUACCUCUGUCUUCCAUCUGGGGAGCAGAAGGCCCGGACACCGAGCCUUCUCUGAGCCUGACUCUGAGAAACUGGGCAA